UCAUCGAGAUAGCGGUGGUGCAGUAAUACAGUGUUACCACUACAGAAAAUAGGUUAUACGGUUUUCUAGGUUGGGUUAAAUUGGAAGCUGACCACUUAGUCUUUAUUUGAAGUAGAUCGUGCAUGCACGAUUAUGGCAAAAGUACUGAAAAAGACUACGGGAUUAACAGGAAUUGCUGUGUGUGAACAUCCUCGCGAGCGACUUCGUUUAAUAUACGAUAGAAUUUUGCGAGUUGCUGAUAAUUUUCCAAAAGAUUAUGUUUACAGGAAAGCCGUUGAAGAUUUGGCUAAAGAAAGGAAAAAUAUUGUAGAACAGAAUGAAGACGUUGCUGUUAUAGAACAAAAGAUAGGACAAGGACAAAUAGAAGAAGUAAUAAUUAGCGCGAGAGGCGAACUGUCUUUAAUGCAAGAUAUGUUAAAUCAAAAACCAUGGGAAAAUUUAAUGGAACAAGCUCCACCGAAUCAAUGGACUUGGCCACCUCAUAAGUAAUUUUAGUUACCUUUCAAAUAUAUAGCGAGUAUUUAAAUAAGCAAAUGCUUAUCGACGUUAAUGUAAUUUAACGUUAAAAACGUAAUUUAACCAAAUUUAACGUUAAUGUAAUUUAACGUUUAAUAAAGGUUAAAAUAUCAUAGAUUA